AUGACAUCUACUGGCCACGACGGCCCAUUCUCCGACGACUCGUCAAAUGAGCACACUCUAGUCCUCCCGUCUGAAGGGACUGCGACGCGCUCGAACAGCCGCCCCUCUUCCUCCACCACUAACCCCGCUGACUCCGCACCUUAUCCUACCGCUGGCGGAGACGAGCAGAAGCCAUGGAAACCAUCAGUCGAUCGCCAGCAGAGUUGGAGCGCCCAGGACAUGAAGCACCAGAUGCAGGCCAGGCUUCUUCGGACCGAAAAGGGCAAAGAAUCCGGCUUCUCUGAGACGAAACCGUCAUCUACUUCAUGUUUUGUUGAGCUGGUGAGGAUGACACAUGGUCUGUACAGACAUAGCUCCGCGGAGAGGCGCCCACCGCCCGUCGCCCUCAACCCCGAGAGGGAACCCACUUCGCCGCCGCAGAGCACCUUCUCCCAUUUCCCAAGUACUUUCUCUCCCUCACUCAAAAAAAGCGCUGGAGCUUUAAAGGAGCUCUCAGCUUGCAUCGACACAGCUUUCCACGUCCCAUCUUCCAAAUCCAAUGUGGCGUUCGGCUUGUGUCUGACAGCGCAUGCGACACUGGCAGCAAGCCAUGGAUCACAAAAGAAAGCGUAUGUCGCUCCAGCACCUCUGUUAGCGUUUAGCGUUUUCAGAAAAUCAUCUUCUGACUUUCCAUGUCUUUUAGGGGAGCUCCGCGAUUUAAAUGAGAGGGCUUGGUCUGGCGAGAGUGAUCUCUUUCCUGUCAACAAGUCUCUCGAUUCUUCUCUGAAGAAGAACACUGCAUUUAUUAAGCGCCUCCGGACGGGAAUCACUGCUGCCGCGCUCCCGACCUUCCUCACGGACAUCCGUACCCUGUCCCUUCACAAGUACCUCUCUGAAAUAAUCUCUGCCUGCUACGAAGGUUUCUGCAAGCUCAAAACUCCCGGCGAGAUAGCUGCGGGGGUGGAGAUCGCUAGCGCCCUCCACCAACGAUUCGGACCAAAUGAGUUUACGAAGCAGAUCGGAUGGCUGUUAGGACGGGGGUUGAGUUCGCCCGACAAGUCGCAGUUGAAAAAUCUCAGUCAAGAGGUCCGCGAACGGGAGGAAAAGGAACGCCUUUCCAGACAUCGGGUGCUGCUUAGGCUCGUUACAGAGCUCUGGCUGGUGGGCUUCUUGAAGACCUUGGAUGAUAUUGAACGUCCGGACGAUGUUGGUGGCGUCAAGAACAAAGAUGGACCUGCGGGUGUUGGAGGCAAGGCCGUUGAUGGACCCUCCAAGUCCAGGGCGCACCCAUCCACAGCGAAAGGCGACCAGGAGACUGACCCGUUCCCCUUGGAAGUCUUGAAGGACCUCCUCGGCCACGAUAGAGAACACACUAAUCUCCCUCUGGCGGUGCUCUUCGCCAAGACAUUCAGCUGGGACGUUUUGGGUGUGAAGCCAGUUGAAGAAGGACGGAAGAACGUGGAUGCGGACGGAACCACAACCGCUGCAACUACGGAAGCUGCACCUGGAGGCGAACCUGCUGCGAAUGGUGAGGUUGUGGAAGAUCCACCGAUCACGCCGGAGAAGCUGCAGUUACGCUUUAGGAGUAUCUUGACCCGCUAUCUGGAGGACGUUAAGGCCCAUGUUGUUCGCGACCAGAAGGCGUUAGCGGCCCAGAGCCGCCGGAAUGCGGAAGCGUACGUCAAGAGCGGUGAGAUUUUCGAAGAUCGCCAGGCGAACUUCGAGAAACAAUCCAAGGCCCAUGAGAAACUUGUCUCGAACACUCAGGUCCUGUGUGAUAUCCUCGGUGUUGAGAUGCCAAAUCUAGCUGAGAAAGAGGCCGCGGACUCUUCUGUGAGCGGAGGCAUCGGUCUUGUCAAAACCGCCGAAUACUUAAGAGGUCAAGGAGAAGGUCCUGGCAUCUGGGAAGAUGAGGAGGAGAGGCGCUUCUACGAGAACCUCGUUGAUCUUAAGGGAAAGGUGCCGGCCGUUCUCCUCGAAGAUGGCAAGAAAAAGAAAGGCGAGGGCGAUGACCAGGCGAAGGCCAAAGCGGACAAAGAACCUGCUCCAGACGGCACAGGAGACAAGCAAGCUCCAACUGAAGCGCCCAGUACGGAACCCAAGCCAUCCACCGAGGCAGAUGAUCAAUCUACUGCUGUCGUGAACAAGAGUAUUGGUGCCCAGGUGGAUGCACUGCUAGUGAGGCUUCCAGAGCUGCAAACAAAAGACCAAGUCGACCAACUAGCGUUGGAUUUCUGUUUCUUGAACUCGAAAGCUUCUCGGAACAGAUUGAUCAAAGCUGUGCAGGACGUUCCCAAGGGUCGCACCGAUCUCCUGCCUCUCUACGCGCGUCUGGUUGCGACACUGGGCCAGUACAUGCCUGACAUUCCUCAGGGGGUCAUUUCGUAUCUCGAUGAGGAGUUCAGAAGCCUGCAGCGUCGCAAGCAGAAGGACUUCUUGGGCCAGGUUCGAAUGAUCAAUGUCCGCUACCUUGCAGAACUGACCAAGUUUGGCGUUGUACCGGAACAUGUCAUUUUCCACUGCCUCAAGGUCUGCCUUGAUGAUUUCUCGCGCACGAAUAUUGAAAUCAUGGGCAAUCUGCUGGAAAACUGCGGACGCUAUCUUUUGAGAAAUCCAGAAACCUGCCCAAGAAUGGCUUCAUUCUUGGAGACUUUGACUCGAAAGAAGACCGCAACGCAUCUGGCACAGCAGGAACGGAUGAUUAUUGAGAAUGCAAUUUAUUAUGUCGACCCUCCCGAGAGACCGGCAAUUCAGCAGAAGGAACGCACUCCGAUGGAGUUGUAUAUCCGGAAACUGAUCUACUUGGACAUGAACAAGCGCAACUACACCAAGAUAUUGAAAGCUAUCAGGAAACUUCAUUGGGAAGAGCCAGAGGUCGUCGAAAUCUUAGAACGCGUCUUCAGCAGGCCUGGAAAGGUCAAGUAUGGCAACAUACACCUGUUGGCGAUUCUUGCAAGCGCCCUGUAUCGGUAUCACCAGGAGUUUGUGAUCGGCAUUGUGGACAAUGUCUUGGAGUCGAUCACUCUCGGACUAGAACAGAACGACUUCAAGUUUAACCAGAAACGCAUAGCCGAGGUGAAGUAUCUUGGUGAGCUUUACAACUACAAGAUAAUCGACUCUCCGGUGAUCUUCGAUGCGCUUUAUCGCAUUGUCGCGUUUGGUCAUGAUUUAAGAAAAUGGUACACCAACGCCUGGCAAAUAAACCCGCUUGAUAUGCCGGACGAUUUCUUCCGUAUUCGCUUGGUGUGCACGCUUCUCGAUACGUGUGGCGUCUGCUUUGAUCGCGGCUCUGCGAAGAAGAAGCUAGACUUCUUCCUGACUUUCUUCCAGGAUCCGCUGCCGAUGGAUGUCGAGUUCCUUGUUCAGGACACUUAUUCGUUGUUACGUCCGCAGUGGAAGAUAGCCAGUAAUUUGGAAGAGGCUGCGCGUCUGUUCAGUGAAGCGAUCGCCCAAAACUAUAAUCUUCAGGACGGCGAGAAGGCGGCAGAGCCCGAAGAAGAUGAAGUGGAGAGCAUGUUAUCGGAUGAUGGAAAUGCGGAAGAGGGUCUUGAAGAGGACAUGGUGCCGGAGAUAGAUGAACAGCAGUCGUCGACCGAGGAUGCUGAGGCAUCUGGCACCAAUGCAGAGCAAGAUGGCGACAGCGACUCGGAAGAGGAACAGAUAUUCGUGGCUCGUCAGGAAGAAGAACGCGAUCCAGAAGCGGAAGCAGAGUUUGAUCGGGCGUUCCAUGAACUGAUGGCCGAAAGCCUGGAAUCGAGAAGAUUCGAGCGGAAAACACUGUUUGAUGUGCCUCUGCCCAUGAGACCAUCUCGUCGAGACGCAGCUGGUACCGAGGACAACGCUGGCGAAAAUAAAUCGUCGAAUACAAUGGCAUUCUCGUUGAUGACCAAGAAAGGCAACAAGCAACAGACUCGCACUAUUGAGCUGCCAUCUGACUCGAGCUUCGCCAUUGCCAUGAGGAACCAGCAGCAGGCAGACCGUGAAGAGCAGCAACGGAUCAAGAACCUGGUUUUGAACUAUGACCUAUCAAACGACAAUGAAUCUAACGAUGGUGAGGAUGACCCUUCUUCCCUGGACCCCUUUUCUCAGAGGAACCCAAAUGUGAACCCAAGUACUAAGACACGUCAAGGUUUUGAGAAGCGAAGCUCUCAACGGGAGUCGAAAAUCGACAAAUCGGCCUCCAACCGCGCUGGAUACCGUGCAAGAAGGCUCCAGCUGAGCGAUGUCGACUGGUAUGAUUGA